UCAUCUGUCAACGGUGCUUGCACUGGUUCAGGCGGAGCCCCAGGUGUCUGCGUUGCUACCUCGUCUUGCACCAAAAGUGGAGGAACCUUCAUCUCCAACGCUUGUCCCGGCACUCCGGAGGACAUCAAGUGCUGUACCAAGCCGAAAUGCAGCAGUGGCAACCAGAGCGGCGACUGUCGCUGGAAGCAAGACUGCACCGGAGCUAAGCAAAGUCUUAUUCAGAACCUUUGUCCCGGCCCGGAUGCGUUCCAGUGCUGC